GUACAAAACACUAUCCGCACGGUGACACCAGAACCCGGGGAGGAAGGGCGUGUUGCGCGAGACCCAAACGUGGCGCAAGCGCGCGGCUUUGGUGCCUCGCCGCACACAUCACCUAGAUCAAUACCUGGUGGCGAAGCCCGGCGGCAAGGCGUCGUCUUCCAUGAUGCCUUUAGCGAAUCUUUCGACAGCGCAUCUUCGAGUCCACCACAGGGCCAGCGCGGGGCUUCACUGAGGCCACGCACGCACACAUUGGAUGGUGCGUUUGCCUUGCGGCAACAACAGGGACCUAACCCAAUACCCUCGAUCGACAGUCGCGCGCGCGUGGGGUCUUUUUCUUCCGCCGGAUCCCAGCCUUUUGGUGACGUGGAUGCUCGCUCGCCAUCUGCGAGCCUUCACUCUGGACAGUUCACUUCCGUGGUUUCACCCCGAUCGGCCGAUAUACCCACGACCUCGUCCUCAUCGUCGAAAGACAAGAAGUCCAACAAUAAGCGGCUGAUCAAACGUGGUGCUCCCCGUCCAAACUCUCCGUCGCUUUCGCCUCCGUCCGUGGAUUCGCUGUCAGUCUCCAUACCUACGGAGGAUCCAAACAGAACCCUGGCGCUCAUGCGGAAUCUAUGCGGUAGAAUGAAGGGAGAAGUCGACUAUCAGGUCGAAGCAGGGCAGGUGUGGAUGGGCCCAGGGAUGUGCUACAUUGAUGAUGAUCGGGGUAGUCUACUAUUUGACUCGGCACAAGACGCCAACCAGCCAAUACCUCUGAUUGGCGAUUUGCGCGGGUGUCGCAUCUAUCCUGUUCAGCACGAAGGGUCCGCCUCGAGAUGCCUCCAGAUCAUCAACCACAUGGCCAAUGUCGAGGUAAUAUUGAGGCCUCGCGUUGCUGAGGAGCUCGAUCUUUGGCUCGCCAGUCUGCUGUGCUGGCAGCAAGUUCGCCCCCAUGGUACUCGGAGCGGAACGAGCAGAGGUAACAACCCGACACCUCCAACACGGCCAACAGCCAGGAGAACGUCUUCUGCCAACGGAUUCACUGCCACAAAGGACGGCGCCAUCAUAAAGGUGGGCAAGGUCUUGUUGUGGGACAAAGGGGUCGCAACGUCGCCUCGCGCCGUCGUCAAACGCUCGUCCACGCGCGACUUGCAGUCCGGCUCUACGACUUGGAGAAGAGUGUCCUGCAUUCUGCAGGAUAACGGAGAAUUCAAACUCAUGACCGAGAACGAUGUCGCAAUCCUGUCCGUCAUUGAGCUAUCGCAAUUGUCCAGAUCUGCAAUUCAACAGCUCGACAAGUCAGUCCUCGACGAAGAAUAUUGCAUCGCAAUCUUUCCGAUGUAUUCUCUUAAUGCGCGGCAGCUCUCAAUUUUUCGACCUGUAUAUUUGUCGUUAGAGUCAAGAGUGCUCUUCGAGGUGUGGUUCACUCUGCUGCGCACGUUUGCAGAGCCCGAGUUAUACGGGCUCGAUGCGGCUAGCAACAGUUUAGUCGAAGUGAGGGAUCUCGAGCGCACUUUUCCUGGGCAGUUGUUCCGGCUGGAGAAGACAAUACAGGUGAAGAUCACUGAAGCCAAGCUCGUCAAAGCUGGACCUUUCUCCGAGCAGCAUGCGCGGCACAGCAAAGAACGAGACCCACGUGUUGGUAACUAUCUUGCUGAGGUCAUCUUGGACGGCGAAGUGCGCGCUCGCACCAUGACGCAGACAGACACCAAGACUCCAUUCUGGCGAGAGGAGACCCAUUUCACCGACCUGCCCGCAGCGCUUCCACUGCUGUCUGUUGUGCUGAAACGAGUCGACGGCAAUCUCGACACAUCAAGCCAUCAACUUCAGGCGUCGCUAGGUCUCCCGAAGACCGGCAAUCUGACAGAAGUGCUUUGCGGUGCUGUGGACAUUCCACUGGGCCAUCUCGAACGCUCCAAGACCCACGAACAAUGGUUCAAUGUGCUCGAUGAGAGAAAAGAGCCGAUGGCCAGCAUGUUUCUCAGAAUCCAGCACGACGAGACCCUGGUGCUCUCGAUAGACGACUACAAGCCCCUCGCAGACCUGUUGCAGCAGGCCAACUUCAACUUGACGAAUCAGAUCGCCAUCGUUAUUCCGUCUGCCUUGCGACGUCUGGCAGAGAUCUUUCUCAACAUCUUCCAGGUGGCGGGUAUGGCCAGUGAAUGGCUGCAAGCUUUGGUCGAAGAGGAGAUUGAUGGCCUUGGGAACCAAAACACGACCAAGAAGUUGCGCUUCAGCCGACGCUUGAAGUCCAAUGAUUCGGGCACUUCGGCAAGCGAGCGCGAGGCGCUGGUACGCGACAUGAGCAAGUCUCUUGCGGGAGAGGCGAACCUCUUGUUCCGAGGAAACAGCUUACUCACGCAGGCCCUCGAAUGCCAUAUGCGGCGGCUGGGCAAGGAAUAUCUUGAGAUUGUGCUUAGUGAACGCAUUUUCGAGAUCAAUGAGCUGAACCCGGACUGCGAGGUCGAUCCGAGUAGGAUCCGGAACCACGAAGACAUGGAUCGGCAUUGGGCGCAGCUUAUUAUUCACACAAGUAAGGUGUGGAAGUGCAUAGAAGACUCUGUGCAGAAACUCCCUGGUGAACUACGCCAGAUCCUGAAGUAUGUCCGCGGCGUGGCCGAGGACCGCUAUGGCGACUUCUUGCGGACUGUCAGCUACACCAGCGUUUCAGGGUUCCUCUUUCUGCGCUUCAUUUGUCCCGCGAUCCUCAACCCGAAGCUGUCAGGACUUCUGAGGGACAAUCCACGCCCAGACGCGCAGCGUACACUUACCCUCGUGGCCAAAGGACUCCAAGCACUCACCAAUCUGGCCACGUUUGGCAAAAAAGAGAGCUGGAUGGAGCCCAUGAACCAAUUCCUAUAUGGACAUCGCCAGCCAUUCAAAAACUUCAUCGACCAGGUCUGCUCAAUUCCGUCAGAACGCACUGCUCUCCAUAUCAACGCUUCGUACUCAACGCCAAACACCAUUGUCGGACGCUUGCCACCGAUGGCCCGUGGAGGCAUCCCAUCGUUGCCCUACUUGAUCGAUGAUGCGCGAAAUUAUGCCACUCUUGUCAAGCUAUGGCUCGAGCUUAGCCCUACUUCCUCUGCUGUGGCUCCGCAAGACUUUGAUGGAGAGCUCGCCGAGUUUGAUGAACAAUGCAAGGCCAUCCAGCAGCGUACAGAUGCUUGUCUGACCCAGAUCGACUCCAUUCGGGAGUCGGAGGAUGCAAACUCUGUCAUGGAUGAGCUGGUCGAAGGCUUAGACGCUGUCUCUCUGUCAUAUGGCUAUCCACCAUGGUACGACAGCGACCCCUACCGGCCGCCAGGCUCGUCGGGGAGCGAUACGGAAAGUCAAGGGCCGUCAGUGUUCACGCUGUUUGGCAGGGACAUCAACGUCUCCAAGCUAUCAUCGCCCAGUGCAUUGGACGCUGGUUACCCGACUGGUUCGACAGGCACGAUCAGGCUAAAGGACAGACAUGGUCGGCAUCCGCGAAACUUCAUCAGCGGGCUGCUCGGCAAAAAGAGGAGCACUUCCCCGGCGUUG